UACAGUGUUCUCAUUAAAAAAAAAAAAAAAAACCUAAAAUACAGUAGUAUUGCUCAGUCUCAUGGGUUGAAUUUCUCUUCCAUUAGUAUCGCAUAAAACUUGACUACACAAAACAGAACCUUCAUGUUCAACACAAGGAAUGGACAAAGAAAUAGAGCUAAGAAAAGGUGACAAUUGACAUCUCAACUAUAUAAAACAUUUUUUUUUAACUUUUAUAAUUAUAUCCUAAACUUUUUGUUUUUCUUAAUAAUUAAAAAAUGUAAAACCGUGUGUCCGUGUCUGCAUAUUAUUAAGUUAUAUGUUCCAUAUUAUACAUCCUUCUCCAUUCCAAUCUAUCUAAAUGGCAAGAAAACUACAAAAUCUAAUCGGAAUUCUCAAAGACAAAGCCUCUCUCAUCAAAGCAACUCUCUCAAUCGCCAGCCGCCACGCCUCGUCCACGCGCGUCUCCGUCCUACGCGCCACCACUCACGACCUGUCGUCUCCUCCCCCGGAGCAUCGCAUCUCCGCCGUCCUCGGCUGCGAGGGCUCCCGCCGCACCUCCCGCGCCUGCAUCGAGGCCCUCAUGGACCGCCUCAACCACACGCGCAGCGCGGUCGUCGCCCUCAAGUGCCUCGUCGUCGCUCACAACAUCGUCUCCAGAGGCUCCUUCAUUCUCAGGGACCAGCUCUCAGUCUCCCCUUCUUCCGGCGGCCACAAUUUCCUCAACCUCUCGACGUUCCGCGACGAAUCGGACACAGCCUCGUGGCGGUUGUCGUCGUGGGUGAGGUGGUACGCGGCAAUAGUGGAGCAGAAUCUCAUGGUUUCGCGGGCUCUAGGGUACUACUUCUGCUCCAAUAUUAAAACUUUAGGCAAUUUUGACAUCACGAAAGACAGAGAAGAGAAGGUAUUGGCGCUGUUGAGCUCGGAGUUGUUAAGCGAAAUAGACGCUCUCGUCGGUUUCGUGGAACGCACGCGCGACGCGCCCGAUUCGUGGUACGAUCUCCAGAAGAACGACUUGGUGUACAAAGUGGCGAGGCUUGUUGGUGAAGAUUACAAGUUGGUUCAAUAUGAGCUCUCGUUGAGGAUCAAGGAAAUGGGAGAUAGAAUGAAGGGUGCGAGUUAUGACGAGUUGACUCGGAUCCUAAAUGCUUUGAAGAGGUUGGAGGAUUGCAAAGAGAGGUUGUUGUCCAUGUUUUUGUUUAGGAAAAGAGAUAGUGAUUUUUGGGAUUUGAUUGGUCAGGUGAAAUUAAAGGUUGUGGAAAUUAUGGUGGAGAAAAGAGAAGAUAAUCUGAGAUUGAUAAGGGUUGGAGAGAGACAAUAUUAUGAUCAACAUGAACAAAGCGAGUCAAUAAGUAGGUUUUGGAAUAACCCUUUUGUUGAGUCGGAAGACGAGUUUUUUAGAUUAACGUCUAGUACUCGUGGAUGGUCAAGUGUGGGCCUUAUCAUGCCUGUCGGCGGUUGAAGCACAUUAAUACUUUUGGCAGAGUCCUUUUUGUAAAGUGGUCAAAACUAUGUGACCGAUUAUGAUGAUAUAUACUUGUUAUUAAUUGAGUGGGCAAAAUUAUAGAUGAUCAUAUUAUGGCUAUUAUAUUAGCUAGUGAUCUUAUAUUUUGGAAG